AUGGCCGAGGGGGAGAAGUUCUUCAUCGCCAAGAAGAAUAUGAACGUUGAUUAUGCAGCCAUGGUAACAGCAGCGCGACCUAGGGAUCUUCAAGCGAUGGUAGAGGUGUGUACGAGCUACGAUGAAACCAGAAUGCUACUGGAGCGACAGCGCAGAAUUCCGGUUCCGCACAGCUCUCUACUCGAACCAAACUUCGCUACUCCAGCGAGUUCAGUGAAACCAUUCCACCCAAAUCAGACUCACAUGACCGCCGUUAGCCUUCGGCUACCGGGCGAGUUGGCCAAGCAUGUAGUCUCGGAUGGAAGCAAAGUCAUCACCAAGUACAUCAGCUCCAAGUGA